UUCAAGCAAGAAGUUGUUUCAAAAUUAACUUUUUGUUCCAGAUAUGCUCUACUGCUCUCUAUAAAUAUAAGAGCCUUAUGUGUAAGUUUCCAGGAUCCCUCAUAUCCAUUCCACUGUAAGGUAAAACUAAAAAUGAAGAGAUCGGUGUAUUGGAUAUUUUUGCUGCACAUUAUGUUGUUUGUCCAUGGAAAUAAAGCUGGAGCUUCUCAGCCUUACAGGACUGCAUACCAUUUCCAACCUCUCAAAAACUGGAUGAAUGAUCCAAAUGGACCAAUGUACUAUAAGGGCGUUUACCAUCUGUUCUAUCAGUACAAUCCCUAUGCUGCAGUAUGGGGUAACAUUUCAUGGGCACAUUCUGUAUCAUAUAAUCUUAUUGAUUGGAUGCAUCUCGAUAAUGCUAUUAAUCCAACCGAGCCUUAUGACAUUGGUGGCUGCUGGUCUGGUUCUGCUACAAUUCUUCCUGGAGUAGGAAAACCUGUCAUUCUAUACACUGGGGAUAACUUUGAAAACCACCAGGUUCAAAAUCUGGCUGUUCCUAAAAAUAUAUCUGAUCCACUGCUUAGAGAAUGGGUAAAAUCGGGUCGUAAUCCACUGAUGACUCCAGUUAAUGGCAUAGACCCAAAGAUGUAUCGAGAUCCUACAACUGCGUGGCAGGGAUCGGAUAAAAUAUGGCGUGUAAUUAUAGGAAGCCAAAUUAAUGGCCAUGGAACUGCUAUUCUUUAUAGAAGUAAAGAUUUUGUUAGCUGGACUAGGAGUCAGUACCCUCUUCAUUCAUCGAACAGAACAGGAAUGUGGGAGUGUCCUGAUUUUUAUCCUGUUAGUAGUCGUGGUAAAAAUGGGCUCGACCCAUCUUUCAACAGUCGAGAUACUAAACACGUCCUCAAAGCGAGUUUUGGUGAUCACGACUACUAUGUAAUAGGAAAUUAUGAUUCGAAAAUGGAUUAUUAUACUGCUGAUGUUGAUUUCAUGGAUAGUAAUGUGCAACUUAGAUAUGAUUAUGGUUUGUUCUAUGCUUCCAAAUCAUUUUAUGACAGUGAUAAAAAGAGAAGGAUAUUGUGGGGAUGGGUAACGGAGGCAGAUAACAUCAACAAAGGAUGGUCUGGAAUUCAGUCAAUUCCAAGAACCAUAUUGCUAGACAAGACAGGGAAGCAGUUAGUACAAUGGCCAAUCAAAGAACUCGAGAAACUACGGGAAAAAGAAGUCUCUCUACAGAAUAAAGAAUUAAAGGGUGGAACUGUGUUUAAAAUUGCAGGGGUCAAAGCUUCACAGGCUGAUAUAGAAGUUUCAUUCAAAUUGCCAAAUUUAGAAGUUCAGAUCGAGUUGAUGGAUACAAAAUCAGUUGAUCCCCAACAACUUUGUACUCAAAAGAAUUCUUCCGUAAGAGGGGUCGUAGGGCCAUUUGGUUUGUUAGUCUUGGCCUCAGAGGACCUAACCGAACAAACUGCCAUCUUCUUUCGGAUAUUCAAAGUCGACGACAAGUUUGCUGUCCUAAUGUGCAGUGAUCAAAGCAGGUCCUCUCAGAAAAGAGAUGUUGGCAAAAAUAUCUUUGGGGCACUUCUUGUUGUAGAUCCUACACAGAAAAUCUCAUUAAGAACCUUGAUUGACCAUUCCAUUGUAGAGAGUUUUGGUGGUGAAGGAAAGGCUUGCAUCACUGCUAGAGUUUAUCCUGAAUUGGCCAUUGAUAAAAAAUCCCACCUCUAUGCAUUUAAUUAUGGGACAAAAAGUGUUAAAAUAUCGAGUUUGAGAGCUUGGAGCAUGAAGAAAGCUCAAAUAGUUGAUUCUCGUGAUGGAAGAAAUCCCCUCAUUAAUUGAGAACACAAUUUCUAAAACCGACAUCGAAAGUAAGUUUCAUAAGUAGUAUUGACAUGAUUGGACAAUAUAAUAAAUAAUAUUAUAACUUCUUUUCCUUCCUUAAUGUUGUCUAGCUAAAUUCGUUUUAAUAUAUGAACAAUGAAUGCAAAAGACCUAUCAAAUUAAAAUGACAAAUAUUGGUGUUACUUCGAAUA